AUGAUAUCGGUAGUAUCCAAGCGGCUAUACAAUUCCUCGUUUCUUCGACACGCCAGUUCACAUGCUCAGUUCAAGUACUGCGUGCUACCAAACAAAUCAUAUUUGCAUAUCAAGGGACCAGAUACCGUUAAAUUUAUCAAUGGGUUAAUAAGCUCGAAGAUGCUUCCAACAUAUGUGAAGAAAAAUCUCACUACGAUAUCGGUAGAUGAUGAAAGCCCUUCCGAGCACAUUGCGGUAAAAGACUUUGAUAUGACACAAGGUAAUUGGGGCGUCUUUAAGGAAUUUGGCGAAAACGGUCCUUACAUUUCGCGAUUUGGCACAUACACUGGAUUACUGAAUAGUAAAGGCAAACUCAUCACCGAUGCAAUUAUUUAUCCGAUCCCUAUGUGGGUUGCAAGCAUAGAAGAGCGCCGAUAUCCCGAAUACCUGGUAGAGGUGGAUCAAAAUAUCAGCGAACAGAUGGAUCGGACAUUUAAUUCACACACGCUGGUGAGUAAAGUUAAGUGUAGAAAGGAACCCGCGGGAAAGCUCAAGACCUGGUAUUUAUCAAUUGCAUUUCCGGAUGGAGCCUCAGAAGAAAACCCCUGGAUAUCAAAUCUGAUAGAGCCGAUGGAGAGACUGAAAGCUCCUGAGGCCUCGUUACAAUUUGCUAAACAUGUUUUGACAACGUUUUUCGCGGGCAGUGAACACAAAAUCCUAGGCUGUUUUAUCGACCCUCGAGUUACCGAAUCGCUGUACGAGCAUUCGUCUGCUCCCCAGGUUUUCCGCGUGGUUACUAAAGCAGACGUCACAGAUUUGAGUGACAUUUUCAAUGCCCCCGAAAUGCCAUUUGAAUUUCACAAACAGCAGAUAAACGUUAGCGACGUGCGCCACGAACGAUUUGCAUAUGGGUUUGUUGAUGGGCUCGCAGACUUCAAACAAGAGACGGUGCUUCCGCUGGAGUUGAAUUUCGAUUUUAUUCCGAACGCGGUGAGCUUUGACAAAGGAUGCUAUGUGGGCCAGGAGCUCACGGCGCGUACAUUUGCAACGGGUAUUUUGCGCAAGCGGGCGGUUCCGGUGAUCCUGGAUGGGUGGCAACAGCUGCUAGAGGUGGACUUGCAAUCCGAGAAAUAUUUACGUAUUUACGCCGAGAACUCCGGAGACCAAGCAUUGCCGGUGUCAGGCACAUCCGGACCGUUUGAAGCCAAAGCCUCCAAAACAAAAAAACGCCUGCGGCCCGCCGGAUCCUUGCUGUGUUUUGAGCGUGAACGUGGCGUAGCGAUUCUAAGAACCGAGUAUUUCGCAGAUGCGUUUGGCGGUAGCGGCUCUCACUCCGCACCAGAAUUUUACAUCGAGGUCCCACAAACGGGACAAACCGUGAAAGUCAUUCCACAGCGGCCGCGAUGGUACGAAGAGUGGCAAGAAGGCGAAGAGUGA